CACCAGCAGUGUUCUCCCUUGAUAUUAAGAAACAAUACCGUGUGCUCUUCUCCUGCUUGCCUAACAGAACAACCAAACCAAUCGCACCCAAAACCAGGUGCCCUCUUCUUCUCUCACUCCGAUGGCUACGAUCCAAUCACCCCUGUCUCUUUCUCCACCCACAGUUCCUCCCCCUCUCCCCCUUUUUAACACCCCAUUCUCCCCGUAACCCCUCCGCCAUUGCUUCACCAAGUUCUUCCAUCUUUAAUUAAGCUAGAACAACAUUGAGGACUUUUUCUCCCAAGGAUGCCACCUUUAAGGUAGACUAGAGACAGGGGAGGAGGAGGAGCAUAAAAAGAAAGAAAGAAAGAAAGGAAGGAAGAAGGAAGGAAGGAAGAAAGAAAGAAAGAGAUGGGGAAGGAGGAAGAAAGGGGCGAGGUAAGGAACGCGGUGUUCGGCAAGUACGAGAUGGGGCGGCUCCUGGGGCAGGGGACCUUCGCCAAGGUGUACCACGGCCGGGACCUUCGUUCCGGUGAGGGCGUGGCCAUCAAGGUGAUCAACAAGGACCAGGUCCGGCGGGAGGCCGGCAUGACGGACCAGAUCCAGCGGGAGAUCUCGGUGAUGCGCCUGGUCCGCCACCCACACGUGGUGGAGCUCAAGGAGGUCAUGGCCACCAAAACCCGCAUCUUUUUCGUCAUGGAGUACGUCCGCGGUGGCGAGCUCUUCGCAAAGGUCCUCCGCGGCCGCCUCCCGGAGAACCAGGCCCGCCGCUACUUCCAGCAGCUCAUCUCCGCCGUCGACUUCUGCCACAGCCGCGGCGUCUCCCACCGCGACCUCAAGCCCGAGAAUCUCCUCCUCGACGAGGCCGGCAACCUCAAGGUGUCCGACUUCGGGCUCUCCGCGCUCCCGGAGCAGCUCCGCCACGACGGCCUCCUCCACACCCAGUGCGGCACGCCGGCCUACGUGGCGCCGGAGGUCCUCCGGAAGCGCGGCUACGACGGCGCCCGGGCCGACCUCUGGUCCUGCGGCGUCAUCCUCUUCGUCCUCCUCGCCGGCUUCCUACCCUUCCAGGACGAGAACCUGAUGCGGAUGUACCGCAAGGUGUUUAAGGCCGAGUACCAGAUCCCGCCCUGGUUCUCCGCCGACGCCCGCCGCCUCGUCUCCCGCCUCCUCGUCGCCGAUCCGGAGAAGCGCAUCUCCAUCCCGGCCAUCGUGAAGCUCCCCUGGUUCCAGAAGGGUUUCUCCCGCGCGAUCCCGUCGCCGAUCUCGAUUCCGGCGGCGGCACCGCCGUCUUCGCCGGAUAAGGAGGAAGGGGAGAAGGAGGUGAACUCACCGAGGUUCUACAACGCGUUCGAGCUGAUAUCGGCGAUGUCGUCGGGGUUCGACCUGUCGAACCUGUUCGAGAACCGGCGGCGGGUGGGGACGGUGUUCACGUCGCGGUGGUCGGCGGGGGCGAUCGUGGAGCGGUUGGAGCAGGUGGGACGGGCGCUGGGAUUCAGGGUGGCACGGGGCAAGGCGUGCAAGGUGCGGCUGGAGGGGAAGGCGGAGGGGCGGAAGGGGCGGCUCGACGUCACGGCGGAGGUGUUCGAGGUAGCGCCGGAGGUGGCGGUGGUGGAAUUCUCCAAGUCCGCCGGCGACACCCUGGAGUACGUGAAGUUCUGCGAGGAGGACGUCCGCCCGGGCCUCAAAGACAUAGUCUGGACCUGGCAGGGGGACGACAUCCCCAACGAAACCCCAUCGCAGACCCUUUAAAUAAAUAUGCGUCAUCCAACCCCUUUGCCCCCCAUCUCUCAUUUACCAAAGUGGAGAACCGGCAGCAGCAUGAGGGUGUUUGCAGAGAUGGUCAUGUGUUUGAUGAGUAUUGGUGGAUCGCUGUUUCAUGUCUGUGUAGGAACUUUCUUGCUUUUUUUUUUUUGGCCCCCUUUUGAGGAAUUGCGUAGAAACUUGUAUAUAGCUGUUUGCACGUAGAAACACAGACAGAGAGAGGGAUGGAGAUAAAUUUUGGACACCAAUAAUCUAAUUUUUAGAUGGUCAGAGGAAUUUUUCCGGCA